AUGCCACCUGAUCCGCUAUUAGACGAAGACGAGCAAUAUGCAUCGUCGGAAGACUCCGACUUUGCCCCAGACGAUGCGCCCAAUCAAGCUUCCGAUCAAUCUGAUGUAGAGGAUGAAAAGGAUGAAAAGGAUGAGGGCGACAAAUCAACUAACAAACGGAGUCGCCCUGCGACCGACGAAGGCGCUGCUAAUGCAGGUUACGAUAACUCUGGUGACGAGGCGAUCAUAAAAAGGGGCGAGAAGCGCCGUAAAAAGACACAGACAAGAGGAGUGAACGAAGACGAAGACGGUGGUGAGGGUGGUUUGAUCAAGACCCGGAGACAGCGCGCCGCAGAAAAAGAGGAACGCAAGUAUGCCACCACCAACAAUGAGCCGGUCACAAUCGACGUCGAUGCGCUGUGGGCGCAAAUGAUAUCCAAGACGCCCAUUCCCGGGACCAAGGUCGACGAAUCCACCGAUACAGAUACAAACACCGAUCCCACGAACAAGGAAGUAGAGUCGGCCGUGCAAGCUGCGGGCUCGAUUGAUUCGGAUGAUCCCUCAGCGAUGAUACGCAUCAAGCGAACAUACAACUUCGCUGGUCGAGUGCACACAGAGGAAAAGCUUGUUGCGCGCGACUCAGCUGAGGCAAAGCUCUACCUUGCCUCGCAGGGCGACGCCCCUCCAACAGAGGGCCGCGAAAAGCGUGCUACAAGGAAAGCUUUCAAAUCGGCUUUUGAGCCUCAGGUGGACCUCAUGCCCCAGCGAUCCGACCUGAAUCUAGGAAUGGCCGCACGAAUCAAGGCUGGCAAAGAGGUCCAGGCCAAGAAACUCAACGUCGUGGACAAGAGUCGCAUGGAUUGGGCUGGCUAUGUGGACAAGGAGGGUAUCAAGGACGAGCUGGCGCUAGCUGGCAAGUCCAAGGAUUCUUACAUGGCAAGGGAAGACUUCUUAGCGAAGAGCGAAGCAAUGAGAGACGAAGAUUCAAGACGGGCGAGGCUGGCUGGAAAAGUUUAA